UGCGAUAUCUACAGGAAAGGGAAGUAAUUAUAGAUGAUGUGGCACUGGUGUCACAGAGAGUUGUGGUUAUUCAGAUGGUCAUGUGGGGCGCUUAGACUAAUCCGUCAUAAUAAUUAUUACUUUGGCUCGACGCAUUCCAUAUUCCAUAGUCAACACAUCGUCAUUCACUAUCCACGGAUUUGGGAAUUUUUCCCGAUUUCAUUCUCGCGCUCUUUCUAUUCCUCUUGUUUUCACUAUGGUAUCUCUUUUAAGGUGGGCAAAGCCUCUUUUGGGAAGAUUCGCAUCUACACCUCGUCCGAAAUUUCCUUUGGAAUUUCCGACAAGUAAUUUUCCAACAAUUUCUGCAACUGAGACGCUGGAAGAAGAGCAUUUUGACGAGUUUAGGAAGAACCUAUACUAUCCAGUGAAGAUUGGCGACACCUUUAAAGACGGUUCUCGGUAUCAGGUGAUAGGGAAGCUGGGUUAUGGAAUUACUUCAACUGUGUGGCUCGCUCGGGAUCUAGAGUAAGAUUUAUAAGUUUCUUCCCACCAUUCUAAUAUACACCACCAGCUCAAACCCAUAUUGAUAAAACCCAGCAAUUAUCAAUAUGUGACAUUGAAAAUAUACACGCGCGAUCAAACGAAUCCAGAAGAAUUCCAAAUUUAUAAAGCGCUAAGUCGGGGAAACUCAUCACAUCCAGGCUAUCGCCAUGUCAGAACGGCUUUGAAUACAUUUGUCAUCCCUAGGGAAGGAAGUCAUCACCAUUGUCUUGUCCAAAAGCCUAUGUGGGAGAGUUUCAGAGAUCUGCUUAAUCGCAAUCCCCGCCAUCGAUUUACUGAAGAUUUGCUCAAAGCGGGUUUGAAACAACUUUUCCUUGCUCUUGAUUAUAUACAUACAGAAUGCAAGCUUGUUCAUACAGGUAGGUAGAUGGAUCAACACCGCGCUUUUAACACCGGUAUCCUAAAUAUCUUUGCGUUUUAUAAUUAGCUGAUUUGUGAUUAUAUUAGAUAUUAAGAGUGAAAAUAUCCUCGUUGCACUUGAAGAUAAAAAGGUUCUUGAUGAUUUUACUCGAGAUGAGAUGAUGAACCCUUCUCCGCGAAAAGUUAUUAGCGGCAUUCCAAUUUUUGUAUCUAGACGAUUUGGACUACCGAGAACAUUUGGUGAUGUGGUUCUUAGUGAUUUCGGCUCGGUUGUGCGAGGAGAUGAGGAUAGAAUCCAUGAUGCUCAGCCAAGUAUAUACCGAUCACCUGAGGUAAUGCUGAAAGUGAAAUGGAGUUAUCCGAUUGAUAUAUGGAAUGUUGGUGUCAUGGUAUGUAGAGGCUGCUGUCGGAACGCUAUAGAUUCAUCAGAGUAAUAAUUGAGUGAGGAUAUUAGAUUUGGGAUCUCUUCGAGGACAAACAUAUGUUCUAUGGAAAUGAUAUACACGGCAAGGGUUACUCUACCCGAGCACAUCUAGCUGAGGUGAUGGCUAUGAUAGGCCAACCUCCAUUGGAUCUUUUGAGGCGUGGUGUAAGGAGUCAUGAAUUCUUCACUGAGCAUGGUACGUAUAUAGCAUUUUCAUGGCAAUUCUUCAAUUGUAAAAACUGAUAUGCUGCAGGAACUUGGAAACAUGGAGUAGAGAUUCCAAUAAUAAGAACAAGUCUAGAGACGUCAGAGCAGUAUCUUCAAGGAAGAAAUAAGGAAAUGUUCUUGUCGUUUAUGAGGGGCAUGAUCCAGUGGCGGCCGGAGGACAGGAAGACCGCGAAGGAAUUACUGCAAGAUCCGUGGUUAAAUGAAGUGAUAGAAUAGAAGUGCUAAUCAUAGGUGCCGUUUUUCACCAAUUUUCAACCCAUUUUUCUCUAUCCGAUCCUUCAACUCUGUGCGUGUGGUCUCCCGGCGUUGAGACCACAGACCUGUGGGACCUUCGCUCAUACCGGCUACCGA